UUCCCCUCCCACUGCCUACUCAGCCCUAACAUCCCCUCUGACCUUCCUUCGCCCUCCCUGGUGCCUUUUCCCCUAUUGUGACCCUUGGCCCUCCCUCUUCUACUUUAUGUCCCCUCUCCUCUUGUAGCAGAACCUCCUUCUCUUUGGCUCGUUCUUCACUUCCCUCUUGUCUCCUCUUUCUCUCUUGCUUUGCUCCCGAUCUCCCACAUUCAGGGUCACAACACAGAGUACUCCACAGAACCUCACCCCAACUUUUCUCAGUAGCUGGGCCAUCACUCUCUCACCCAUCAGCUGUUGAGCACCAGUGGGAGUCCCGUCUGUUCUGCAUCUAGAUAAAAGACAAGCUAUUCUGGGACUGGUCAGCACAAGGAGUGGUGAAGGAAAGGUCCUGUCUGGACUCACUGCUGAAUCGGGCCCUGGAACUGUCCUAUUUACCUAGCCCUGCCACCAAACCAGCUGCUGUUGCCUCUGGGCCUGUAACAGCGGAAGAAAGAAAACUAGAAAGAACAAAACCAAAGGCAGACAGACACUCCCCUUUUCUUUGCUGUGCAACAACCAAUAGGAAAGCAGGGCUUCAUUCUGAACAUUCUACUACAUCUAUAUGGAGUCACAUUUUAGAACACUGUGGAUCACUUUCCUGGCCCACUUUUCCAAGUUGCAUCAACAAGUUUCGAGGACUGCAGUUAAGGAAUAUUUCUUUACAUUGCCAUUUUGAGCAAGCCUAGGACUGGUUUGUUCCUGGAAGACAAACUGAUGCAUGCUCAUGUUUGGGAAGUUACUCCAAACAGCUCUGUCCUUAGAAGACUGGGAUAUUAAGAGGAUACUUUCAAGAUAAGGAGAAAACAGCAGUCUUACACAAGGCAGCAGGUGGCUGGAAGGGAUCCCCUGCUGGAGCUAGGACAGUGAGUGGAGCAGCCUAGGAAGCAAUUUGGAUCCUUUGCAGGAGUUGGGCCAGCUGGAGAUACAGAUGAUCCACCAAGAAUUACGCAAAAUCCUGUCAUCAAUGGGAAUGUAGCUAUGGCCGAUGGACACAACAACACAGAAGAAGACAUGGAAGAUGACACAAGUUGGCGAUCAGAAGCAACAUUUCAGUUUACAGUUGAGCGUUUCAACAGGCUCAGUGAGUCAGUCCUCAGUCCUCCUUGCUUUGUACGGAAUUUGCCAUGGAAGAUUAUGGUGAUGCCACGACUAUACCCAGAUAGACCACACCAAAAAAGUGUAGGAUUCUUUCUUCAGUGCAAUGCUGAAUCUGAUUCCACGUCAUGGUCUUGCCAUGCACAGGCAGUUCUCAAGAUAAUAAAUUACAAGGACGAUGAAAAAUCAUUCAGUCGUCGUAUUAGUCACUUAUUCUUUCAUAAGGAGAAUGACUGGGGCUUUUCCAACUUUAUGGCAUGGAGUGAAGUUACUGAUCCUGAAAAAGGAUUUAUAGAGGACGACAAGGUUACUUUUGAAGUCUAUGUUCAAGCAGAUGCUCCACAUGGAGUGGCGUGGGAUUCAAAGAAGCACACGGGAUAUGUUGGGUUAAAGAACCAGGGAGCAACCUGUUACAUGAACAGUUUAUUACAGACUUUAUUUUUCACAAAUCAGCUACGAAAGGCUGUGUACAUGAUGCCCACAGAAGGAGAUGACUCAUCCAAAAGUGUUCCUUUAGCAUUGCAGAGAGUUUUCUAUGAACUUCAGCACAGUGACAAACCAGUAGGAACUAAAAAGCUAACAAAAUCCUUUGGGUGGGAAACUUUAGACAGUUUCAUGCAACAUGAUGUUCAGGAAUUAUGUCGAGUGUUGCUUGAUAAUGUGGAAAAUAAAAUGAAAGGCACGUGUGUAGAGGGCACUAUCCCUAAAUUAUUCAGAGGAAAGAUGGUGUCUUACAUUCAAUGCAAACACGUAGACUAUCGGUCUGAACGAAUAGAGGAUUAUUAUGACAUCCAGCUAAGUAUAAAGGGAAAGAAAAAUAUAUUUGAGUCCUUCAUUGAUUAUGUUGCAGUAGAACAGCUGGAUGGUGAUAACAAAUACGAUGCAGGAGAACAUGGCUUGCAGGAGGCAGAGAAAGGUGUGAAGUUCCUAACAUUGCCACCAGUGUUACAUCUUCAACUCAUGAGAUUUAUGUAUGACCCUCAAACUGACCAAAACAUCAAGAUAAAUGAUAGGUUUGAAUUUCCUGAGCAGUUGCCACUUGAUGAAUUUUUACAAAAAACAGACCCUAAAGAUGCUGCAAAUUACAUCCUUCAUGCAGUACUAGUACAUAGUGGAGAUAACCAUGGCGGACAUUAUGUUGUUUACUUAAAUCCUAAAGGGGAUGGCAAAUGGUGUAAAUUUGAUGAUGAUGUUGUAUCGAGAUGUACAAAGGAAGAAGCAAUUGAACACAAUUAUGGAGGUCAUGAUGACGACUUAUCCGUUCGGCACUGUACUAAUGCUUACAUGUUGGUUUACAUCAGGGAAUCAAAAUUAAGUGAAGUUUUGCAACCUGUCACAGACCAUGAUAUUCCUCAACAAUUAGUAGAACGACUACAAGAAGAAAAGAGAAUAGAGGCUCAAAAGAGGAAGGAGAGGCAGGAAGCUCACCUCUACAUGCAAGUGCAGAUAGUGACAGAGGACCAGUUCUGUGGCCACCAAGGCAAUGAUAUGUAUGAUGAAGAAAAAGUGAAAUAUACUGUAUUCAAAGUAUUAAAAAACUCCACACUUGCAGAAUUUGUUCAAAACCUGUCUCAAACAAUGGGAUUUCCACAGGAUCAAAUACGGUUGUGGCCGAUGCAAGCUAGAAGUAAUGGAACUAAACGACCAGCGAUGUUAGAUAAUGAAGCGGAUGGCAAUAAAACUAUGAUUGAGCUCAGUGACAAUGAAAAUCCAUGGACAAUAUUCCUGGAAACAGUAGAUCCAGAGAUGGCAGCUACUGGGGCAACAUUACCCAAGUUUGAUAAAGAUCAUGAUGUAAUGUUGUUUCUGAAGAUGUAUGAUCCAAAGACUCGGAGUUUGAAUUACUGUGGACAUAUCUACACACCUAUAUCCUGUAAAAUACGUGACUUGCUUCCAGUUAUGUGUGAGAGAGCAGGAUUUCCCCAAGAAACUAACCUUAUCCUCUAUGAGGAAGUUAAACCGAAUUUAACAGAGAGAAUUCAAGACUAUGAUGUAUCUCUUGAUAAGGCUCUUGAUGAACUCAUGGAUGGUGACAUCAUAGUGUUUCAGAAGGACGACCCAGAAAAUGAUAACAGUGAACUGCCAACAGCAAAAGAAUACUUCAGAGACCUUUACCACCGUGUUGAUGUCAUUUUCUGUGAUAAAACUAUCCCCAAUGAUCCCGGAUUUGUUGUUACUUUGUCCAAUAGAAUGAAUUACUUUCAGGUUGCGAAGACUGUCGCACAAAGACUUAAUACAGACCCAAUGCUACUACAGUUUUUCAAGUCCCAAGGUUAUAGGGAUGGCCCAGGUAAUCCUCUUAGACAUAAUUAUGAAGGUACUUUAAGAGAUCUCCUGCAGUUCUUCAAACCUAGACAACCUAAAAAACUUUAUUAUCAGCAGCUUAAAAUGAAAAUUACUGACUUUGAAAACAGGAGAAGUUUUAAGUGCAUAUGGCUAAAUAGCCAAUUUAGGGAAGAGGAAAUAACACUAUAUCCAGAUAAACAUGGGUGUGUACGGGACCUGUUAGAAGAAUGUAAAAAAGCAGUAGAACUGUGUGAGAAAGGUUCGGGAAAACUAAGGCUUCUAGAAAUUGUAAGCUACAAAAUAAUUGGUGUCCAUCAGGAAGAUGAGCUGUUAGAGUGUUUAUCACCAGCAACAAGUCGAACAUUUCGAAUAGAGGAAAUCCCUCUGGACCAGGUAGAUAUAGAUAAGGAAAAUGAGAUGCUAAUCACAGUAGCACAUUUCCACAAAGAGGUUUUUGGGACAUUUGGAAUUCCAUUCUUGCUGAGAAUACACCAGGGUGAACACUUCAGAGAGGUGAUGAAGCGGAUUCAAACAAUGCUGGACAUCCAAGAAAAAGAAUUUGAAAAGUUUAAGUUUGCCAUUGUAAUGAUGGGCCGACACCAGUACCUAAAUGAAGAUGAGUAUGAAGUGAACUUGAAAGAUUUUGAGCCCCAACCCGGCAACAUGUCUCAUCCAAGGCCAUGGCUAGGGCUUGACCAUUUCAAUAAAGCCCCAAAGAGAAGUCGCUACACUUACCUUGAAAAAGCUAUUAAAAUCCAUAACUGACUUACCCAACCAGUUUGUUCAAGGCAAGGGACAAAUAUCAGUGUGUGUGUGCACCUUUUUAACAACAGUAGAACUUUGGUACACGUGCACUAUAUCUGAAGUCUUCAGCAAGAGGAUUUGCUGCUGAUGUUAAUUUUAUUUUGUUGAGGCUGUUCAGUUUGGCUUCUCUGUAUCUAUUGACUGCCCUUUUUGAGCAAAAUGAAGGUGUUUUUAUAAAGCUUGGAUGCCAAUGAGAGUUAUUUUAUGGUAAACGUAAUGCAAGGCAAUUGUCAGCAUAAUGAGGGAAGAGUUUAGUAGAACAGUUGACAUUGGCAAAAUAUUUGUCUGUAGUACGUUUAUAGAUGGCAUAAGCUGUCUGGCUGCCCUUCCUGGUGUGGUAUUCCCCAUCACUGCAGCUAGUAAGUCUUAUGUUUAGACUCACAUCAGAUUUAUUUCCUUCAGUUAUACUUUAAAUGACAUUUUUGUGCAUUUGUAAAUGCAAAAAAACUCACAUCAUCAAUAAAUAGCAAUCUCUACUUCAUUGUGUACAUUGUUGGCACUUAUUCGGGAUUUUUGUCUCCUCCAGCUUCAUAGGAUCCUUUUUUAAUAAACUAGUUCCUAUGUUGUUCUGUCGCUACCGUGCAUCCCAUUUUGCCAAGUGGAUGCUCUGGGUCCUAGAAGAUAUUUGGGUAUUUUUAUUAAAUUUAAAAACAUUAACAAAUACCAUUGAGGAUUACUAUGCUGCCUUUUGACAAAUAGAAUGACACUCAGAGUUGGCAAAAGCAGGUGAAAGGAUUAUAAAUAUAAUUAAUUUAGUUAACAUGGGAAGAGAUGGGGGGAAAAACACAAGAAAUAGCCUUUCAGCACAGAGGGCAUGCUCACUAGUGUUUAGUAAGCUGUUGACUUUGUAAAAAACAAAAACAAAAAACGGAAAAAAAUAAAAUAAAAAAAUGAAAUUGUAUAUUUAAUGAACAUGUACAAUUUAACACUUGGAGGUUAAUUUUGUUGGGUGAGUCUGCAAGUGAAUUUCACUGAUGUUGAUACUCAUUGUGUGUAGUUUUAUUUCAGUCCCCAGACUGCUUCCUUUUAUUUUGGAGCUAAUGCCAGCUGAGUGUCUAGUUUUGAGUGCAGUACAAAUAGAAUCAGCAAUUCACACUUAUAAUUUUACAUUCUUUUCCAGUACUUUAUUUUGUUUCUGUAGCCGCAGUGUACAACAACUCUUCCUGUAUAUUGCCUUUUUUGCUGGAAAAUGUUGUAUGUUGAAUAAAAUUUUCUAUAAAAUUUUA